UCUCAAUUAAUUUCUGUGAUUAUGGGGAGGCAACCCUGCUGUGACAAGCUUGGAGUGAAGAAGGGGCCGUGGACGGCGGAGGAGGACAAGAAAUUGGUCACUUUUAUUCUAACCCACGGCCAUUGUUGCUGGCGAGCCGUCCCCAAGCUCGCCGGUCUCCGGCGGUGCGGCAAGAGUUGCCGUCUCCGGUGGACUAAUUACCUCCGGCCUGACUUGAAGAGAGGUUUGCUUAAUGAAGCUGAAGAACAGCUCGUCAUUGACCUUCAUGCUCGUCUUGGGAAUAGAUGGUCCAAGAUUGCAGCAAAAUUACCAGGAAGAACUGAUAACGAGAUCAAGAAUCACUGGAACACUCACAUCAAGAAAAAGCUUAUCAAGAUGGGCAUUGAUCCAGUCACCCAUCAACCUCUCCAUAAUAAUGAGAUGCAACAAGAAAAACCUGAUGAUGGCCAUGAUCACGAUCACGAUCAUAGCACCGAAAAAAAUCUGAUAACCAUGAACGGUGAUGAUGAUGAUCAUUCUUCAGGCCUUCUUGAUGAUCAUGAUGGUCCAUCACCAAUAUCAAGCAUAAAUAACCAUAUUGGCCAGAAACCCGCCAUGAAUGAUCAGUAUUGUUCUUCGUCUUCAAGCUCUGAUAUAUUAAUGGAGCAGAAGAUUAGCAGCGGUGAUGUAGCAGUAUGGGCAGAGACGAUAUUGAUGGAUGAUGAACAGUUGUUGUGGGAGUUGCCGCCGACUGGAUUUGAUGAUCAGCUAGGGUUUUCUUCUUCGGAAGAAAAUUAUUAUUCUAAUUCAUGGUUGGUGGAUUAUCAAGAUUUUGGAGACGAAGACUUUGGCCAGCUUGCUUGUUUUGCUGAAUUAAUGGACGUGACUGCACUUGGCAAGCUGCAGUAA